AUGAAUUAAGUUAAAAAAGAUUAAGCUAAUCCAUUAUAAUAAAGUUAUGAAUAAUCUAGAGUAGGUGUGACAUUCGGAGAUGAUUUUGAAAAGGGUCCAGUAUCAUUCAGGUAAUGAAUUUGGUAUUAUAAAACAUGAGAGCUGAAGCCCAUUUUAAUGAAUAAAAAGCAAUAGAUUAAUAUGAUUAUUUGAAAAACAUUGUAGGAGAUCAUAUUGAUAUAGAUUGGUCUUUAGUAUGCUUUCUUAGAUAUUAAGUUGGAAAAAAAGAUGCUUUAAUAGAAUCAAUAACAAAAAUAAAGGAUAGACGUAGAAAGUUAUAUUAAUUAAUUAGCACGUUUUGAGGCCUUUGAAUGUAAGAUUCACUCAGAUGAUACAUAUGUUUAUUUUUCAGUAAAAUUAAGAGAAGAUGAAGAGAGUAAAUUAAAAGGAGGAUUAGAAUUAAUUUUAGAAAAUGGUAAUUAAGGUAGUAAAUGAAGGAUUAAGAGAGAUGGUUAAGAGCUAAGAUAAUUAUUUCAAUUUUGAAUUUGAUGCAAAUUAUGAUUUUGAUUAAUUAGUAUAGGCAGUAUCAAAAGGAGAAAGAGUUGGAGCAGCUUUUUUAAGAUAAAUUAGGUAAAGAGUAUUAUUAAUAAUAAAUAAAAGAGCUGAAUUGAAUUUAUUUUUGACAAAGAACUUUUAUUAAGGAAUUGAAAAAUUUGUAUAAGGAAUUGAUUAAGAAGCAUUAGAAUCUCCUCCACUAGCAUUUCUAAAACAUUUUAAAAAUUUAGAUAUGGAUUUAAGAUUUAGAUCAACUGAUGAAUUACCAUAAGUUAUUAAGAACUAAAUGAUUUUUGGUGAAGAAUUCUAAACUUUAGCAUAGGAAGAAUUGCAAUUACCCAUAAAUCGUACUAAAUAGGUUAAUGCUAUUAUGGAUGUAAUUAAAAAUAAAGUAUUUAGGCAGCUGCAGAUAAUGGAUUUAUUUAUUUUACUAUUUCAGAUUUAUGUGCAGUUAAAAUUGAAUCACAUACACCUAAAUUAUCUACUUUUUUAACUAAAUAUGGAAAAUAUUUAGCUAAAUUAGUAGGAUUAGGAGAGUUUGUUCCAGAAGUAUGA